AUGCCGAAGAGUGACACGUGGCCGGGUGGCGUUGCCAUGGAAUCACUGAUCAAUAUGGACAGCGCUGGGAGCUAUGACAGUGUGGUCAGCAUGAACUCUGGCUUUGUGCGUGCAGAAGCUAUUUCCCCCUUUACCCUUAACCACUAACCAGGAGAAUAGCUGAGACCCUGAUUUCACCAGUUUAUUGUUUAUUUUGUUUAUGUGCUGCACUGCUGCCUUUGUGGUAAACAUUUUGGAAUUGAUCUAGCUAGAGGCAAUGUGUCAAAAAUUGAAAGAGCGCCUUUCUCGCUCCCGUCUUGGAAUGGAUGUAUUGACUAUAAAUUGAUAUUCUUAUAUACAGUAGUACCACUGUCUCCCAAUGCUAAGUCAGUGGGCUCCAGGGCUUGUUCAUGUUGUGGGUGAGAGAUUCAGAUGUUUGUUCAGAGAGGGGCCUUUGAGGGGUUCCACAGAAUGAGAGAGACAUUAGAGAGAGCGACUGCUUUGAGGACCCAGUCUGUUCAUUUCAGAGCUGUUCAGAGGCCCCUCACUAAAAUCCACUGCAAUACAUUCCUCUGGCAGUGCAGUAUAGGAUGAAAGCUAAAAGCUAGCCGGGAGGAGUGCUGAGGUAAUUUCUAAUUCCAUCCCUGCUGUGUGAAAGGUAAACGUAACUUUGAUCCGCUCUGUGUCUACAGUCUCACUGGGCCUCAAUGUGCUGUUCAGCCUAGCUGAAAGCAACACAUAGACUGACUAUUAAGAACUGAAAACCAAGCCAAAAGAGUUUGAAGGCCUCACCUAACUUUAUACAAGGAUAUAUUGUACACAGACAUACCUCCCAGCUAGCACAUUUGGUUCCUUGGAAGUUGUGGGAACGUAUAUUUUUGGUUUCACAUUGGUUGUGGGAACAAAGCCAUACGUUUCCUGACUGGUAAAACUGAUUGUUUUUUAAACAUUCUGAGAACAGAAGUGAACAUUUCGCCUGUUCUGGGAAUGUUUAUUUUUAGGUUGCAGGGAGGAUCUGAGAACAUUUUCCUCUGGUUCCUUGAAAGUGUUCCUGGGAGGUUUUAUUAAUGCUCUGAGAACAGAAAUGAUAGGUUAUUUGGAGGUUUUUUAAUAAUUUCCUUAAAACUUUCACUGAAUGUUUUAAUAACACUGCUAACUUAUUUUGGGUUAACUUUUUUGAACUUCAAGCACAGAUGGAAAUUCAUUUCCUUAGGCAUUAAUCAUGUCUUUUUUAUUGUGACACGGCAUCAGUGAGAUUCAAACCUAUAAUCUUCUGUUCUCUAUCCAUGGAAUUAAUCCACUGCGCCACCAGGAUGGCGCUAGCAUGCCAUGUUUUUUUACGCAUACAAAGCUGUUAAUUUUAGUCUAUUCAAACACACCCCAUAUAAGCACUCAUUAAGAUCAGGAGUUGCCAAUUAGGGGGCAUGGCCAACACACCUGAACACACUUAACAUGAUUGAGGAUAGAGAGAGUUUUGUUGAUGCUGAGAACGGAAUGUAAAUGUUUUAAAAUAACAUUCUUAGAACGUUCUCUGAACAUUACCAAAGUUUUCUUGUGGUUUUUAUGGAAUGUUUUCUUAACGUUCUCGGAACAAUUUGAGAACAUUACUUUAAAUAGAACCAUGAGGAAACCUGUAGGAAAUGUUAUUCUGAAGGACUGAAAUUCUCACAGAAAAACAUUGUUUCUUAACCUUCUUGGAACAAUUUGAGAACAUUACUUUAAAUAGAACCAUGAGGAAACCUGUAGGAAACAUUAUGCUGAAGAACUGAAAUUCCCACAGAAGAACAUUGUUUCUUAACAUUCUCUAAACUAUUUGAGAACAUUCUCAACGUCAAACCAGUUAGAGAACGUUCCUAGAACAUUACCAAAAUUCAAAUUAAAUGUAACCAUGUUCUAACUUUUAGGAAACGUUCUGUUAAAGUAAUGAAAUACCAAGAAUAUAUAUCUUUUUUUUUGUCAAGUUCCUUAAAUGUGCUGAGAAUGUUCCAAAGCCAAGCAACUGUCCUGCACCAUUCCCAGAAGUUGUGGGAAGGUUGUAUACAAAAUAACCAUAGGACAACCACAUAUGGUUCUCAGAACAUUAUGUGCUAGCUGGGCUGUCAUACAGUUCUACAUACAGUAGUUAUGUAAUCUUGAUUAAAGGGUAGCAAUUAAUUGCAUUGUUAUUUUAUUCUGAAUCUGUUUGUUCUCUACAGUUCCAGGUUGUCUAUGUUUACGGGUUUCUUCUUUUUGUCGUCUUUGUGUUUGUGUUUGUGUGUGGGUGUGCGUGUGUGUGAGGUAGAGUGAUGACAGUCUGGAGCACCUCUCUAUUGAGGAGCGGGCGUGCCUCAUGUUUCUGGAGUCCACCAUUGAGUCUCUGGAGAUGGAGGAGGACAGUGGCCUGUCCAAUGAUGAGCCAGACCCCAGCAGCCUGGCAGCCAAACAUGGCCACCUCUCUAUGGCACAGACUAGACUGGAGGGUGAGUACGACUAAAAAUAGUUUGUUCACGUCUAUGCAGUUGUUUUAUCAGGAUUUUCCCAUGCAGGAGACUAACUAAUGUGUCCAGGUUUUGGGUCAGGAUUGUGCGAGCCAAGCUUAGCAACCUGUGAGAAUUUUAUAGUAAAAUAAUUCCUGCUGUUUCUGCGUGUCUUCUAGAUGUGUCAAAACUCCAGCAUGAUGACUCAGGAAGAGAUCAGAAGUCCUUUCUGAACUGCAGAGUGCCUACACCACUUCUACUGGCAAAUGGCCUUGCCAGUAUCCAGAUCAAAGCCACAGGGGCAACCACCCAUCCCAAGGCUCCAGGGGAAGCCACACAGCCCAGUGUCCCAACUGCAGCAAUUGAGCCCAAAGCCCCAGUAGUAGCAACCCAGCCCAGUACCGCAGGGGCAGUCACUGAUCUAAAACCCCCAAAGGUAAUCACUGAACCCACAGUCCCAGAGGUAGUCACAGACCCUAAAGCUCCAAAGAAAGCAACUGUGCCCAAGACCUCAGAGUUGACUUCUGACAUCAAAGCUCCUGGGUUGGCCACUAUCACAAAAGUUCCGGUGCUGUCCACUGAGUCUAAAACCCCAGAGUUAGCUACAGACCCCAAAGCUUUUGAGUAUGCCGUUAAUUUUCAAGUCUCUGGAUCGGAAACAACUCCUUCCUCAGCCACCUCAGAUUUACCCAAAGAUGAUUCUGUGGACAACAUGCCCAAAGGAGUCUCUGUAGACAGCAAGCCUGCGAAGUGCAACAUUAAGGUUCCCUCUGAGCUGGAUCUGAAGCUGAUUCCCCCUCCCUCAGACUUCAGGGAUGUUGAGCUAGAGGAAGAGAGUGAUCCUCCAGUGCCUGCAGAACUCAGAGGUCCUCUGACCUACAGUGAGCUGGAGCAGCUACGCAGGCAGGUCUCCAUGAAGAGAGCUGCACCAGCCUCACCUGGAACCCAAGAGGCACCACCUUCUAAACCCCAUGUUGAUCUGCCUGUCAGUACCCAAGCACCACUCUCCCCCUCAGAUGUCCUACCCACCCCCAUUACUGAGGCCCUGGAACCAAAGAGCCGGCCCGCUGUGGCCCCUAAGCCCAAGAGGCUUCCCUACAACAUCAUACUGAAGUUCCACAAGUUAGACAGUCACCCAGGCCCCUCUCUGCCCUCGCCCAUUGACAGGUCGAUGAUUGACCCCCAUAAGGUGCGCUUGGAGGCCCUACGGAAGCUCGGGCUCCUGAAGACUGAGGAUGGAGACUCAGGCGCUGUAGUUUCAUCCAAAUCCCAGAAGUCAUGUGCACCCCCUCCUUCUCCUCGCAGCCUGGUUGCCACCCAGACCAAAGCCUCAACCCAAAUCCUUACCCCAGCUCCAGUCCCAGCCAUCACCCUUACCCCAGUCCCUGCCAUCACCUUUACCCCAGUCCCUGCCCCAGCACUAACCCCAGCCCUAGUCCCAGCCCCAGUUUCAGCGACUACCCCAGCCCCUCCCACUACCCCAAUCCCAGCCCCAGUCCCCGUCCCAGCCACUACCCCAGCCCCAGUCCCAGCCCAAUUCAGUGACAAUGCCAAACCUCUGCCCUCACCUGCUACACUUCCUUCACCACCCAAGCAUAUUCCCCCUCCCAUAAGGGUUAGAUCAGCCACUCUGGAGCGCUCUGGCAUGGGCCUGAGCAGCUACAUGGCCAGCAAUGCCUCCCUCAGGGCUAACCGAGGUCCCAAUGUCCCACUGUUCCCUGGCGACCUGCGCAACUCUAGACCCCGCCCCGCCUCCCUAGGAACUGGGAAAGACUUUGUGAAUGUUCAGGGUGAGGCCUCCCACCCCCAGCCAGGUCAUGGGGGGUCCCAGAACAAGCUGCCCUGCUCCCAUGGCAUCAGUGUGCUCAUCUGCCCCAAAAGCAAGAGUGGAGAGGCCCGACGGGAGGCCCUGAAGAAGCUAGGACUGCUGAGGGACUGA